UUAACCUCCCCUCCCAAGCCAACAUCCAUCCCCCCUCCGCUUCUCCUCCCCUUCCUCGCAACAUAUACGACGCACCUCACCAUCUUUCGGUGGCCUGUCCCUAACCUCCUCACUUCUCCCUCUCCCUCUCAUUCCUGUACAGGGUAAAUCCGCAGGGAGCAAAAAGAAGCUCGCUCCGUCUAAAAGGAGCAGCAACAGCCGGGAGGCCGGAGAGGGAGGCGAGGAGGGCGGUGAGCAGCAAGAGGCGGCGGCGGCGCGCGGAGAUAGCGGAGAAAGAUCGUGCAAAAAGGUAGGCGCGAAGGAUGGCCUCGUCGUCGGCGUCGUCGUUGCCGGCGCCGGGAGGAUCGGUGAUCACCUUGGCCGCCUCAUCGGCUGGGGGCAACGGCGCGGGCGGGGUGUGCGGCACGGGGUCGCCGUGCGCGGCGUGCAAGUUCCUCCGCCGCAAGUGCCAGCCUGACUGCGUGUUCGCGCCCUACUUCCCGCCGGACAACCCGCAGAAGUUCGUGCACGUGCACCGCGUCUUCGGCGCCAGCAACGUGACCAAGCUGCUGAACGAGCUCCACCCGUACCAGCGCGAGGACGCCGUGAACUCCCUCGCCUACGAGGCCGACAUGCGCCUCCGCGACCCCGUCUACGGCUGCGUCGCCGUCAUCUCCAUCCUCCAGCGCAACCUCCGCCAGCUCCAGCAGGACCUCGCCCGCGCCAAGUACGAGCUCUCCAAAUACCAGUCGGCGGCGGGGCAGAACGGGUCGCAGGCGAUGGCGGAGUUCAUCGGCAGCGCGGUGCCGAACGGCGUGGCAAGCUUCAUCAACGUCGGGCACUCCGCGGCGCUUGGCUCCGUCGGCGGCGUCACGGGCUUCGGGCAAGACCAUCAGUUUGCCGCCGUGCAGAUGCUGUCCAGGAGCUAUGAGGCGGCCGAGCCCAUCGCGAGGCUGGGGCUGAACGGCGGCUACGAGUUCGGGUACUCCGCAGCCGCGAUGGCCGGCGCAGGGUCGGUGCCUGGUCUCGGCAUGCUCGGUGGCUCGUCGUUCCUGAAGCCCGGCAUCGCCGGCAGCGACGAGAGGGGCGGUGCCGGGCAGUAGCCGAUCGAGCGGCUGCCCUCUGUCAGGCCAGGUUGCUGAUGAGGAACAAGAUUCACCAUGUUGAAGACCUAGGUGGCUGUGCAACGACCUGAAUUAUUACCUAUCUUGAUCGCGAGAGUGUUAAUUGAUUUACUAGUCUAUUUGGCAUGAAUGCAUAUGUCUACUUUGCAUCUUUCUCCUUGUUGUGUUUUGCUGUACCGCUGCAUCCAUGCAUGGUGUUUGUCCUUGACUUCUACCACCUGAACGGACCCCUCCCUUAAUUAUGUAUAGAAAUAUGUGUGGUGGAUCAAA